UUUUUAUCCGUGGCAAUUGUCAGAUUGACAAGUUGCACUGAAGUUAAAAGGGAGUUUCGAAGUUAUCCUUAUUUUGGUGCAGAAUUUAAAUAUUAAGUCAAAAAUGGCUUCUGUUGAGGAAUUACAGAAGAAGAUCGAGGAGUUGGAGGUCAAAUUAGCCGCCGCACAGGGGACUAAGGGUCCUGUUAGAGAAAAAAUUGAAGUAAUGUCUGCAGAAGUAGUCGAUUCAAAUCCUUACAGUCGGCUAAUGGCACUAAAACGAAUGGGCAUUGUAGACAACUAUGAGAAGAUCCGUGAGCUGUCGGUGGCUGUGGUCGGUGUUGGUGGUGUAGGCAGCGUCACCGCUGAGAUGCUCACUCGCUGUGGCAUCGGCAAGUUAAUCCUAUUUGAUUACGACAAGGUGGAGUUGGCAAAUAUGAACAGGUUGUUCUUCCAGCCGCACCAGGCGGGGCUGAGCAAGGUAGCCGCGGGUAUCAAUCCAGAUGUUGUUAUAGACGCACACAAUUACAAUAUUACAACUGUUGAUAAUUUCCAGAAGUUUUGUGAUACUAUCAGUUCAGGCAGUUUGAAGGGAGGUGCAGUGGACUUAGUACUGAGCUGUGUGGACAACUUUGAAGCGCGUAUGGCCAUCAACACAGCCUGCAAUGAGCUCGGACAGAACUGGUUCGAAUCGGGAGUCAGUGAGAAUGCAGUCUCUGGACACAUACAGUUCAUAAUUCCCGGAGAGACUGCAUGCUUUGCGUGCGCGCCCCCGCUUGUGGUGGCUUCAAACAUCGACGAGAAGACAUUGAAAAGGGACGGCGUGUGCGCAGCCAGCCUGCCCACCACCAUGGGCAUCGUUGCUGGAUUCCUCGUUCAAAAUGCCCUCAAGUACCUGUUGGGGUUCGGAAAUGUUAGCCACUACCUGGGCUACAGCGCAUUGACUGACUUCUUCCCAACAAUGAGCCUUAAGCCGAACCCUACCUGCAGCGAGGCGUGGUGCGUGCGGCGCGCGGCGGCGGUGCGCGCGCGCCCGCCGCCCGUCGAGCUGGCCGCCGAGGUGUGCGAGGACACCACGCCGCUGCACCAGGACAAUGAGUGGGGUAUUAGCCUGAUCGAUGAGAACGCGCCGGAGGAGGAGGUGCCCUCCAACUUGCAGCUCGCGGAGGGCGUGCAGGUAGCGUACAGUAUAGGUGUGGAGGCGGGGNNNGGGGGCGACAGCAGCACGCCGGAGUCGAGCGGGGGCGCGCUGGCCGCCGCCGAGCUCUCGCUGGAGGACCUCAUGCAGCAGAUGAAGACCUUGUAAUACCAACUGCCUCCACUGGUACAGUCGCGGAAAUACGUGGUGUUGCACUUCAGAUUGCAUUGUUACUUGAAACGAGAUAAAUUCCGUCUCUACAAGUAUCAAAUUAAUAGUGAGUUGAGCAAACGACGGAAUAUUUUUUUUCCUACAGAAGAAUUUAAAUUUAAUAGGCAAAUGGUUGUUCUGCAUCUCAAUUCGUACAAAACGUAUACUAGUUUCAAAGUGGAACACCGACAUAUUCGCUGAUUGUACAUGACCUAUUUUUUACAUUUAACGAUUAAUUUGUGAUUUUUUUACUAGAUAUGUCAGAAUAUGGUUGUAUUAUUGAUUUUUGAAUUUAUUAUUUAUGUUUUGUGGCGUUCUUAUGUGCCUACAAUGUUCUCUCUAUAUGUAAGACAAUAUUUUCUCAAUUUAUCUUGAUGUUCUGAAACGCUAGCUUUUUAGCAAGAUUUAUUAGAUUGAAUGUGCUUCAUGAGUAUUGUUUUAAUUUUUAUUAUAAGAAGCAAAAGACAUUUAUGUAAAAGUAAGAAAAAUAUUGUAUGCUUGUUUAAAAUAUGGAAUAUUUGUUAGAAAAAUGUAACUUAAUAAAACUAUAUUUGUGUUAUCAUUACAAACAUAUCUUCCUUAUUAUAAUGUAAAAUAUCGUCUUUUAAAACA